GGUUUCCGCUGUUGUCUGCCACCAAGGAACUGGUCGGCGUCAACAUUGGAGCUCUAGAGACCGAGAAUCGCUCGACCGCUGUGGCCGCGAAAGCUACGUCUAUUUUCCGCUAUUUCAUAUCCAGGCGUCGAGCGUUUUUCAGUAAGAGCCGAUUUGGAGUUGUUCCCCAAGGACUCGAGCCCCCCAAGGGCAAUAUGCCCCAUGGCCCCGCUUUCAACCAGCACUCUCGCAAGAGGGAAGAGGAUGACGACGAGGCCAAAUGGGAGGCUGACGAGGACGAGGAGGACGACGAUGAGGCUUAUGCUAGGAACGACGACGAAGAAAGGGAACUGCGUGAGAUUGACGAUGCCGACGACGAGGAUGCUGCAGCGGCUGAGCGGGAGAUCACGCAUGCCGACCUAGCUCCGACGUCGGAGUUUGCACAAGAGUUACCAGGCUUCGGCAUCUCGAAACGUACCACAUUUUCCGAUCGUCGCUCCAAAGUCCGCAAGCACGAUGGCUCAAGUCUUGGCCGAGCGCCUGUCGUGAAGGAGGUUCCUGCGCCUCCUGAUUACGAGAGGAAGAGUCGCCCUUUCAAGGUUGGGGAGAACGUGAAGGUUAAGCCAGAUUACCGGCCCAAGUACUGUGCGUGUUCUGUCAUGGCGACAGUUGGUGCCACGUGCGCUAUGUGCACGUACUUUUGGUCACACGCCGACAAGCUUGCUCAUGCUGUUUGCGGGACCUUGACAGAGGCUGAUUCGCUGUGCAAAGCCGAUGUGCGAACCGCCAUUUUGCGCGAUGUGCCCUUGACGGCAUUUGAGCGCGACAUGCAGGUUUUCAAGUCCAAGCCGGGCAACUUGUCUGAGGCGGUUUGUUUUGCCAAAGACAAGGCGGGCGACACUUUUCUCGUUGAGGCUGGCACCUGCUCCAAGCCCCGUUUCAGCCAGAAGAAGAAGAAAAACUCUGAGCUUUCUGAACCACAGAAGCUCAAGGACGCUUGCGCAAAGGUCGACAUUGAACUCAAUGCGCUUUUGCCGGACAGAAGUACCGAAGGACAGAUUUCCUCGCUGAAAGCGAAUGUGGCCAAGCGGCUCAAGGACCCUUUUAAGGGGACUAGGGCAGAGCUCGCCGCUACCGAACCGUUUUGCAGCUUGGAGGUCGACCCGGUAGAUCUGUCUGACGAGGCCGCGGUGAGGAAAGCGAUCUUGUGCGGGUUUGCCGACCUCAGGAUGGACAAGUCCGCUGGUUCUGACGGGCACCUUAACGGCGCCGUCACCAAAGGUGAGGCCCUCCUGGCCCACCGUGGCGACGUCGAAGAGGCUGCUCUUCGAAGGAUCAAGCGGUUAGUUUUGCUGGGUGACGCAGUCUCGCUCUUCACUGGCACUGAGCUUGUCGAGUUGGGCGUCAGGUCUCCUGUUUUCCCGUCGAUCAAAGAUGAAUUGACGGAGUUGCGCAAAUGUUUUGAGUUUGUCGAGGGGCGCAUUUAUUUGACGCCCGACGGGCGGCGCGUUCAACUGCAGCAUCCCCGGUGGCGCUCAAUUUUGGUUCAAUCCACGAUGACACCAGGAGGUAUUGCCACAGUCAUGUACAGUGAUGGCAGUAGGUUGGUGUGGGGUCUUCAGCGUCUUGACUGCGACUUUGGGGUGCGGCAGGUUUGGACGAGCUCGGGACAGGACAUAGUUAUCGGCUUCGCCGUGGCCCUCCUUGCUUGUUGUGGUGGGGUGGAUGAUGACGAGAUGGAUUGCGCCGAUGCUUUGUGGUCCGUCCGGGGUAUGGAUGACGAAUUUUCUCUGCCGGAGCUGAAUGCGGUUGCCCUUGUCCGGGCCUACUGGGAGCACCUGGAUAGGCUCUGUCAGGCAUGGGUGCUCACACAGCCGACGGAGGAGGACAUGGAAAUGGUGAAAGACAUCGAGAACAAGAACGAGUCGGAGGCCAAGUUCAAGCAGAUCUCGGAGGCCUACGACACCUUGCAUGACCCGGAGAAGCGCAAAACAUAUGACCACUUUGGAAAGCAAGUCACAGGCACCAAGACGACACACAUCAGCGCGGAGGAGCUAGACUUCCUCUUCGGCAGCUGGUACGCGGGUGUCCGGCUCGCAGCCUUUGUGGCUGCGCCCGCUGCGGCGAAAGCUCCUCGCACGCAGCUCCAGGCACGGGGAGGCGGCGAGUACGAUGUCAGUGACGCGGACAUCCAGGCCUUCUACUCCUCCCUGCUCACCGGCAGUGGAGGUGACCCCCCAAAGGGGACGGUGCUCUCUGAGCUCGUGGUGAAGUUCUUCCACGGCGAAUUCACGCCCCAAGGCUUCAAGCGCUACUCCGGGCUUUGGAAAGGCCCGCCCCCAGGCAGCAUCGGCAAAAAGGACAUCGCUGUGGGCGUCCAGGGCCUCAAAGCUCAAAUGGCGAACCCAAUGUUCGUAACCAAGGGUGGUGUUGGCUAUGGCGUGGAUGAGACACAAAAGGUCGUCGAUGACGGAAAGGGAUGGGUGUGGCUGGCAGCUGAGAUGAGCCCUGGAGGUCUCGCCCUUGAACUCUUCAAGUCCGUUCCUUACGGCAAGCGCGCCCUCCUUGUCGCGAAGCAGAGCAACGUCGACGAGCUCUUCAACGCAGUGAAUUGGGACACUGCACUGGCCAACGUUGAGAAAACUUUCGGCGGGCCUCAGAUCAAGCAACGCUGCAAACCGGGCAGCCGGCUGCCCGGUUGCAGCGACAAGCUCUUCGGUGGGCUGGGUAAGGACCUGGACCUCGAGAAGCUCUUCCGUGCUGUCAACACCGACGAGGGGUGCCAGCGCAAGCGCCAGCGCAAGACCUCGCCGACACCUUUUACGCUUCCUCGUGGAAAGAUGGUGACCGUGCAUGGACUGGUUGAGGCAAUCGGGCACAACGGGAAGAAGGCGCAGGUGCAAGGCUACGAUGCGGCGAAAGGCCGAUACGACGUGAAGAUGCGGGGCGAUGGCCCGGUAAUCUGU